AUGGACAAUGUAGCAGUGGCAACAACAGCAACAGCAACAGCAGCAACAACAACAACACAUGGGUCUACACAACCUGUAGAACAAAAUAAUAGUAUUAAUGUUAGUAGUGAAAAAGUAGUAGUUACUCGUAGGCCAUGGGGCAGACUUGUUUCGUGUCAUCCCGAUUCGAAAUCACUCGAUCUGAUCGACGAUGAAAUACUCUUUGGUAGGAAUCACAAGAAGUGCAACAUAGUAUUGAUAGAUCCAACCGUUAGUGGUAUUCAUUGCAAAGUUUCAAAAUUAAAUCCACAUCAACAGCAACAACAACAUAAUAAUAAUAAUCAUCAUCAUAAUAAUCAAAAAAUAUUAAAGAAUAGUAGUGAAAAUAUAUGUAAUAACGAUGGUCCACAAACUAUUUGGAUUACGGAUUUCAGUACGAACGGUACCUUUGUAAAAGGCAAUCUGCUUGGCAAAGACAAGACCACCGUUCUACAGAAUGGCGAUAUGCUAUCGUUCACCUCAUCGAAAAUCAACAGUUCACUCUCAUUCAUAUUUCAAGAUCUGUUACUAUCGAAUCAAGAUGCAGACGACGAAGAAAUCAAAAAAUACUAUAUAUUACAUGGUAUUUUAGGAACGGGAAACUUUAGUGUUGUUAAAAAAUGUACAAAGAAAGACACUGGUGAAUGUUAUGCGGUAAAGAUUAUCGAUAAGAAGAAAUACUGGCAUCUAUCGAGUACAAGGAAUCAAACAGAGAGUGAAAUCAACAUUCUCAAACAGAUUAAACAUCCAAAUAUUAUAUCGAUCAUGGAGAUAUUCAACACCGAACGAUAUCUCUAUAUUGUAUUGGAAUUAGCGACUGGUGGUGAACUUUUCGAUAAAAUAAGACAAAAAGGAAAAUUUAGUGAACCAGAAGCAAAAGAUGUUUUUAAACAGAUAUUGAAUGCAGUCUCCUAUUUACAUCAAUUGAAUAUUUCACAUCGUGAUUUGAAACCAGAGAACAUUUUGUUUGGCAAUCACAGUAGCGAUUCACCUAUAAAGAUAACUGACUUUGGUUUAGCAAAGAUCAUUGGUGAGAAAGAGAUCGCUACAACUCUUUGUGGUACUCCAUUAUAUGUUGCACCUGAAAUUAUAAAGAGUUGUUUGAAUACCGAUGAUAAGAAAGAGAAUAUCGGUUACGGAAAGGAGGUGGAUGCUUGGUCGUUGGGUUGCAUUUUGUAUAUACUGUUGUCGGGCAGACCACCGUUCGAUGUUGACAAUGCCGGUGUUGGAUUCAAGCAGAUCAACGAGGGAAACUACUCGUUUGAGUUUGUGGUGUGGCGCACCGUCUCUGAGCAAGCGAAAGAUCUCAUCACCAAGCUUCUCAACGUCGAUCCACACCGCCGUAUCACACCGAAAGAUGCAUUGAAUCACGCGUGGUUCUCUGACGAUCUCUAUAGGAGUGGAACAACUUUAAAUCAAUCACCAAUCAAACAGCAGCAACAACAACCAAUUAUACAUCUUGCCAAUAUUAAAUCACAAAACUCUGCAAUCUCUUUGAAUUUAUCAUUCCCAAAGAGUAGUACACCGUCAACAACAGCAUCGACUACAUCAACAACAUCAACAACAUCAACGACAUCAUCAACAACAUCAACUACAUCACCAACAUUUUCAACACCAUCUAAAUCGAGUAGAUCAUCGUCAUCAUCUUCUUCAUCAUCAUCAUCAUCAUCAACAUCUUCAACAACAAAAGGUAAACUUCAAUUUCAAACACCUACUAAACCAUCCAGUAGUAGGCAAAUGAAACCGAUGUCACCGGUACGAACAAGUUCAACAGCAGCAACACCGAAACGACAGAAAUCACCAUUGAAACCAAGCGAACCAAUCACCAUUAGCGACAAUGAAAAUGAAGAAGACAAAGUAGAAGAUGAAUCAUCAGAGGCUCACGAAGAAUCAAAGAAAAGAAAAGAAUCACAAACAUCACCAUCACCAUCAUCAUCACCAUCGACAACUUCAUCAACAUCAACAUCAACAUCAUCCGCCAGAUCUUCAUCUUCAAAGACCAAUUCAAAAAGCACUUUGAAAAAACUUAAAAGUUAA